AGUCAGUUCCUUUGGCUUUUUCAUCACUGCUGGACAUAAGCCAAGACACACCUUACAGAAUCUAGGUGUGGCAGCCAUGAGAUCACCUGGCAUAGGUGGGACAGAACUACUGUAACAGCAACAGGCCCCUGAAGGCAUUGAGAUCUGCUCACACUUUCUGCUUUCUUUCUACCACGUUACAGAGACUGAAGACAUCAGUAAAGAACAGGUUCUGUUUACAUGGCUCUUCCUAUUUGAGACAGACCAGAGGGGGGGAAAUUGCCUUUGGCGAAAUCUUUCUCUAUCAAAGGCCAAGAAAAAGAAUAAUUCUUGAAAAUAGUGAAAGGAUGUCAAAGGUCAUCCCAAGCCAUGUGGUACGGGUUGGACAGACAAUAUGUGUUUCAUCUCAGGGAGAACAGUGUUUGCACAAUCAUGGGUGCUUGUCCUCUCACACAUUGCCAGCAAAGUACUUUUAUUACUCAACCGAGGGUUGGGACAGACAAAGCUCAGUAGCUCAAACUACUGGAUGCUCAUUUCCCAGGACUGAGCUCUUUGGCUCUGGUAAACAUAGCCCAGAGACCACACCUAUGAUGUCUCCUGGCCUGGAAGACAAAUGUCUGCAAGAGGAACCAUUAAACACAACUGAUGGCACCUGUCCAAUCUCACCUAGUCUGGAUAUAUCCAUUGAGAACCUGAACCGCUUGAUCCUGGAAAUCGACCCCACUUUUCAGCCUCUCCAGUUGAAGCAAGCCCCAACCCAGAGUCCAGCACAAGUUAUCCCAUGUGAGCAAAAGUAUACCCCAGAUUCCCCAGAUAUAAAAUACAUUGAAAUGUCACCCAGUAGAGCAAAGUGCAAUGAGUCUUUGCAGAAUUCGGCAAGCCCUUUUGGAACACCACCAUCUGUGUCUCCUCUAAACCACAUCCAAUUAUUGCCAUAUAGACAAAUCAAUGGAGAAAACCCCGACCUCAGAGAACGUGCUAUUUUUUCAUGUGGGAACAACCCCAGAGGUCCUCCACUCUUCCUACCCACAGAGAGACAAUCACCUCCAUUCACCCAAACAUCUGAAAGCAUCUCCAUUCCACAGCGGGAUCAAAAGAAUUAUGCCUCCAGUAGGUCAAAUUCUUUCCUGGCUGCCUCGCCAGGCUUUGAGAACUUCCUGAAGCCCUCACAGCAUGAGAAGAUACAGCAACGUUGCAGUGAAGCCUCAGUACUUUCUACAAGUCCUGGGUCAGACACCAGUUACAUUCUGGGAAGCACCACUCAGUUGUUGCCCAACAAUGAACCUGAGACCAGGUCAACAGGAAGUCUCUCAUCUGCUGGCUCCCUAAGUGGCUCUUCCGUUGGCACCCAUAGCUCAGAGGCCUACUACAACUCUGCUGUUGCUUCCUCUCUGAAAGUGAAUUCUACAUCACUGCCAACAUUCCAGAAAGCACAGACUCCACCAGGCCCUCUUCCGUCCCCAUUCCCCAUUCCCAUUUUGCUUGUCAAUGGUUGUCUGGAACACAGUGAGAUGUCUGCAAAACCUUCCAAGGUUCACCAGGGUUCUUUCAAACAGAAGAUGCCCCCGCCCACUUCUGGCACAGUUUCUGGUGUUGGCAGUGCCAGCAAGACCUCUUCCGAGAGCUCACUUACAUCUUUGUCAUCAAUGGAAAGCUGUCCCAGAGAGGCCCAGACAACUAUGAAAUUUGUGCUGGACACCUCCAAAUAUUGGUUCAAACCAAACAUUACGCGGGACCAAGCUGUUCAGCUCCUUAUGGAUGAACUCCCCGGUACCUUCAUCAUGCGGGAUAGUACCUCUUUCCGUGGCUCCUUUGGCUUGGCCAUGAAAGUCUUCAGCAGCAAAGCAGGGGAAGAUCAUGGUGCUGAUCCCAUCAGGCACUUCCUUGUUGAGUCGUCCACAAGAGGAGUUCAUCUUAAAGGGGCUGAUGAAGAACCCUAUUUUGGAAGUCUCUCUGCGUUUGUCUAUCAACACACCAUUAUUCCUUUAGCAUUACCCUGCAAACUGGUGAUCCCCACCCAAGAUUUCAUUGGUGGAGAGGAAAAUCUUGCCAUGGGCUCAGAAGCCAUUCUUCCACUUCUCAAGAAAGCAGCUGUUUGCAAUCUCUUGUACCUACAUUCUGUGACUAUGGAGACUCUCACUGGCCAAGCAGCAAUUCGGAAAGCUGUGUCUUCCACUUUUGAACUGGAAACUCUGCCUACACCCACCGUUGUCCAUUUCAAAGUCACUGAGCAAGGAAUUACCUUGACAGACAUCCAGAGAAAGGUUUUUUUCAGACGGCACUACCCAUUGGCUACCAUCAGUUUUUGUGACCUGGAUCCAGAAAACCGAAAGUGGCAGAAAUUUUCCAGGACUUCAAGGAUCUUUGGUGUCGUCGCCAAGAGCCCAGCCGACUCCGAGAACGUUUGCCACCUCUUUGCAGAAUAUGACCCCGUCCAUCCAGCUUCUCACAUUGUUGACUUUGUGAAGAAAAUUCUACCUGCUGCUUAAGGCUGCCCAGAUGCUGAGUUCCCCCUCUCAGAACACCAAUGCACCACCUCUUCUUAAUGUUUGAAGCUGCCCAGGGAUACAUUUUGAGGCUACAGACAAGUGUGAACUGCUCUGCGAGAAGGCUGGUACAGAACUGUCAUCAUGGAAAACAGGAAUGGUUUCCAGGAGGAUUCAGCAGCACCCUGUCUCUUGCUCUGCCCUGUCUGCUGAAGGGCCCUCUCUGUGCAUUUUUAUCUCUGUUUUUGGACUAUUUAAGAAGAAAUGUAAGGAUUCUGGUGACAGAAACAACACACUUAUCGCACGCAAGGUUGCACUGUUUGCUGUGACAGUAGCAAGGCCAUGGGAUGCACUUGCCAACAAUAAUGUUGCCUGACUGUUACGCCUGAACUAUUGAAAUAUUGUCUGUAGCCAAAGCCUUUGUUGUAUGUUAUCUAUUUCUUUCCAUCAUUGUUUGGAACA